UUCAGCAUUGCAGUGAUCCGUUAUUUGUUGGCCUUUGCCUUGACACAUGCCGCUUGAUGCUAGCCAACCUUGUAAAAGGGGCUGUGAGGAUUCGUCGGUGGCAGAUGGAGGCUUUCAGACGGGUGAAGAUGCGCUGCUUCUUUUGGUGACUGCAGCCUUGAGCGAGGAUCACCACAAGGAUGCUACUGAAUGCGCAGAAUUAGCACAGAAACUCAAUGAGCAGAAAGUGACUAUUGGACUUUUGGCAAAGAUGGAGCCCAAAUGGUUGGUGGAUGGCUUCAACUUGAAGUUUGGUGAGGCGGCCUCUUUGAUCUUUCGCGCGACCUAUCCGUCAGGUCAAGCUCAGGCUCAUGGAUCAGCAUUAGAAGACCGCAUUGCUAGCCAUUUCCGCGAUUUGCAAUCAAAGCUUGAGUUUGUGGAGUUGAACAUCAAGUUCAUGUUGCUUGCGGUGCUAACCUUUCCCCCUGAGAGCAGUGCAACAUUGCGAGACGAGGAGUUCAGACACAACAUCAUACGUUACCAAGGUUCCUCUGUAUGUUGCGUUCUCUCGCAGAGAUUCCCAGAGUCAUACAAACAAUACUUGCGAUGGCGCAGAGGCCCAAGGUUGUGGAGUAGUCAGGAACUCUGGGAAUGUGAUGGCAGGCCGUUUCCUGCCAUUGCUGAUCACAUUCUGCCAAACAGGUGCCAAAAGGAAGCAGCUUUGAUGGGCAUUGAAUUACAGGACAAAUCUAAUGGCCUGAUGUUGUUCAGACAUUUGGAGCGAAAGUAUGGGCUGCUGGAAAUGUCUUUUAUCCCUAGCCAUUUACAGCUGCCUGGAACCGAUGAAAUGAAGCUUGAGCUCCACGUUGCAAAGAAGAUCAUGGAUGAGCCGCUUGUGUUUCAAGAGCCACGGGCCCUCAAAGGCCGUCAAGUUGAGGUGCUCUUCGAAGAAUGCCAUGCCGGGGCGGUUUACUUCAGAGAUUUGCAUGCUACCACUCUAGUUGUGAAAAAGGUGUCUUUGAGAAGUUUGUUUUUGAAAGCCUUGUGUGCUCAUGUGCAGAAUCCAGACCUCCCAGAUCCAAGGGAGUAUCUUGACAGGUUUAAUGUGUGCUGUAAGUGGACUGGUCCAUGGGAAAGCCUUGGGAGCAGUCGAGCUUUGGUUUCACCAUGAGGGCGUCUUUGGUCAUCAGAAAAUAAGAUGCUGUUGUCCAUCAUGAUGUCGCUGCAGUGACGAUUCUAGUCUUCUGGUGAAUUGUCGAUGUUUUCAGUAGCAACUGCACUAACUGUUGAUAUCAAUCUGCCGAUUGGCAAACAGGGCGACUGCAAAGAAUUCAAAAGCCAAUGGCGGCUGAGCGCCAAAUUGGCUCCUUGAUUGCGCGUUGGACACUUGGAGCCAAUUCAUUUGCGUUUGGACAUUUGGAAUUACUUUGUGGCCAGGUUAUUCACCCCGCUCGUGGGGUAUCCGCCCACACCGCAGCCUUUGUUCGACUCGUUGGUUUGGUCCAGCAGAGGAACCAAUGGAAGCAAGGACAAGUCAUGUAUAUUAG